CAUGUGAUUUCCCUCGAACGCUCCUCAACAAAGCCAGAGUUUUCUUUAGCGAUUUUCCCCCCCGCCCACGCCACCACAACACACACUCUAAGCAAACAAAGUGUGAACGAGACAGAGACUGUUUGUGUGUGCGUGUGUGUGUGUGAGUGUGUCAGUGUGCGUGCGUGUGCGUUCGUGAGUGUCGUCCAUUCGGUCGUGUCGGUGAAAUUUUCAAAGCGAGAGAUUUUUGUAACGGAAAUCGCUCGAGCCAAGCCGAGUGGAGCGCUAAUUAAAAUUGAAUCAAGCGAAUAGAAUAUGCAAAAGAGAAUGAAAUGCUUGGCGCAAUUACGCUUGAAUUUACUUAGUCGCAUUGAUUAGUUAAUAAUUAAGCGCACAGCGUCUUUCCACAGAGUAACAGUUUCCAUUCGAAUGUCCGCUGGUGCUGCUGGCCUAUAAUUUCAAUAACCACAAUACGCAUCCAUCUCCGUUGCCACAUAAAUCUUCGGCCAGACUACAUUGUGAAUUUAUUUUCUCAUCUGCACUGGCACACACAAAAAGUGGAUGGGAUAAUUCCACAUAAAUCAAUAAUAAGCAGAGCGCAAAUUAAAUAUUUAGUCUCUGAAUGUGAAUGGGUAUAAGUGGCCAUAAAAUUUCCGUGCGAAUUUGUUGCUGUCGUGAGUGCAUAAAUAAGUAAGGUGGACAGCAGCCCAGCCCUAGCUCUUCCGACUGAGCUGUUUGUGUGCAGUGUGACCAGUCAGUUGACCCGUAAGCCGUAACUUAUACGUGGUACGGGACCGGGACCUGAGGACAGAACAGACUUGAAUCGAUGCCGACAUCCGUAUUCGCACCCGUGGAGCAACACUUACCAAAACCCAGCAGAAAGUUCAAAAAGUUCAUCGUCAAAUUUAUUGCAAAUGCUGCGCUCGCGCACUCCGCCGUCCUCUGGGCAUCGUUGUGGCACAGGAACAAAACAUUUUCCGCAAUAAAAAUCUACAGAAAACACCUGAAAUCAUAAACACUCGUGCCCCCUAACUACACACACACACACACACUCACAUACUGUAUCCGGCUCAGGCGUGCGGAAGAAGGCCAAAGGACAACCAGCAACAGCAACAGCAGUAGCAGCAGUGCAACAAAAAAAUUAACAAACAAUAAAUAUCAACAGGAGUCCAAUAAAACAGCUUUACAUUUAACUAAACCGAAACUGACCAACUAAAUAUAAUAAUCAACUAAAUGUAAAAUAUAAUUAAAUAUCAACUCAACGGAGCGGACCAAAAAAUCGCCAAUUCUAAAGAGCAGAUGAAACGAAACAAACAGUUGCCCAUAUUCUAAUCUAAUUCUAACGUAUAAUUAGCCUAUAUUAUAAGUGUACAUAUGACCAGAAUGGAACGCAAAUUGGUAAAAGCUUUAAAUUAGUCAACUAGGACCAGAGGAAAGAGCAAACAGAACACUCUGUCUCUUGCCCGUCAAUUUUUGUGUAAAGUGUAACUGAACGUGUAACUGUGUAGACUGUGCUGUAGUUAUAGAUACAUAUUCAAACUAUACCUAUACUCGGAUCGUCUCGAAUAAAUAAACCAAAGUCGUGCCGAUGCUUAAAUAACAAUAAUCACCAAGCAGCAUUUAGAUAACUUUAAUUAGCUGAGACCCAACCGAACCACUAAAAGACAACUUCAGGUAAACCAAAACAAACCGUAACAAAACUUAACAGAACUCAAACCGCAACACGAGCAAAUCUUUUCUGGGAGCUUUGUAGUAGAUGUGUUCCAAAUGCAUUUAUGUGGUCUGUGUAUGUGUGUGUCUUUGUGUGUACAAAUCUGUUCCUAGCUAUAUAAGUAUUACCUACCUUGCUGCACCAUGAGCAUGAGCAGCAGCAGCGAUACCAACAAUAAGAGCAGCACCAGCCAUAGCCACCGGUUAAGCGGCAUCCGUAACAGCAAGUUAGCUAAUUGGUUUCCACAACGUGCCGAGGAGAACAAGCGCAAGAAGCGCGUCGAGCAGCAGCGCCAGCAGCAGCGCCAGCGUCGUGGGGCCAAGGUCUUUAAAUGUGUCAGCGACUCCACCGGCCACCUGACCCUGGCCCCGUCGCGACUCUUCGAGCGCACGCCGAUGAGUCCAUCGGACAGCCUGGACGAGAUUGCGCUGCAGAUACCCAGAGUUCGUGUGGAGUAUUACGUGAAUGAAAACACAUUUAAAGAAAGACUGCAACUCUAUUUCAUUAAGAAUCAGCGUUCAAGCUUACGCAUACGAAUUGCCGAUUUAUUCCUUAAGUUACUGUCGUGUGUUCUCUACAUAAUACGUGUGAUAUUGGAUAGGAAUCCAACAUUUAUAACUUGCUAUGGCUGCGAGGUGGGCAAUAAGACGGAGUUCAUCAUCUCGGCCAAACUGACGGAGGAGGAGUUCCAAGAGAGUCCGAUUAUCAACUGGGAUGCCAUACUCUGGGUGAACAGGCCGACGGUGCUGUGGGUCCUGCAGCUGCUCCUAGCCAUGGUGUCGCUAACGCAAUCCCUGGUUCUCACAUAUCUAGGCUAUAAGGGCAACAUUUGGCAGCAGAUACUCUCAUUUCACUUUAUACUAGAAUUAGUAACGACAAUACCCUUCGCACUAACGAUCGUUCAUCCUCCGCUACGGAAUCUCUUCAUUCCCAUCUUCCUCAACUGCUGGCUGGCCAAGCGCUCGCUGGAGAAUAUGUUUAAUGAUCUUCAUCGGGCCAUGCAAAAGUCUCAGUCAGCGCUGUCCCAGCAGCUGACCAUCCUGUCGGCGACGCUGCUCUGUUUGGUGUUUACCAGCGUUUGUGGCAUCCAGCACUUCCAGCGGGCUGGCCAUCGGCACUUGAACCUAUUCCAGAGCACGUACUAUGUGGUUGUGACCUUCUCCACAGUGGGCUACGGCGACUUUGUUCCGGACAUUUGGCCCUCCCAGCUGUACAUGGUCAUCAUGAUUUGUGUAGCCCUCAUUGUGCUGCCCACGCAGUUCGAGCAGUUGGCCUUCACCUGGAUGGAGCGCCAGAAGCUGGGCGGCAGCUACAGCUCACACCGGGCCCAGAGCGAGAAGCAUGUGGUCGUCUGCUCGACCACCCUACAUGCGGACACCAUCAUGGACUUCCUCAACGAGUUCUACGCCCAUCCCCUGCUGCAGGACUUUUACGUUGUGCUGCUCAGUCCCAUGGAGCUGGACACGACGAUGCGAAUGAUUCUACAGGUGCCGAUUUGGGCCCAGCGUGUCAUCUAUAUUCAGGGCUCUUGUCUGAAGGAUGGCGACCUGGCACGGGCGCGCAUGAACGAGGCGGAGGCGUGCUUUAUUCUCGCGGCCAGGAACUAUGCGGACAAGACGGCCGCGGACGAGCACACCAUCCUACGCUCCUGGGCGGUCAAGGACUUUGCGCCGAAUGUGCCGCAGUAUGUGCAGAUUUUCAGGCCGGAGCACAAGCUGCAUGUGAAGUUCGCGGAGCAUGUGGUCUGCGAGGACGAGUUCAAGUAUGCGCUGCUGGCGAACAACUGCACCUGCCCGGGCGCCAGCACUCUGGUCACCCUCCUGCUCCACACCUCACGCGGACAGGAGGGCCAACAAUCUCCGGAGGAUUGGCACCGCCUCUAUGGCAAGUGUUCAGGCAACGAGAUCUAUCACAUUGUCCUCGGCGACAGUCGAUUCUUCGGGGAGUACGAGGGCAAGAGCUUCACCUACGCCAGCUUCCACUCGCAUCGCAAAUAUGGCGUGGCCUUGGUGGGGGUGCGGCCGGCUGAGCUGCCCGAGUUCUAUGAGGACACAAUACUCCUGAAUCCGGGGCCCAGGCACAUUAUGAAAAAGGAUGACACGUGCUAUUAUAUGAGCAUCACCAAGGAGGAGAACUCGGCGUUUGUCGUUAAUCAAAAUCAAACAACGGACCCCUCGGCAGCCACCAAGGAUGGGGCCGGAGGAGCUCCAACCUCCUCCGCCUCUUCCCAUCAUCCAGCAGCUGCAACUGCAGCAGCAGCAACAGCAGCCGCAGCAGCAGCAGGAGGGGCAGGGGCAGGCGCCACCAUUGCACCAGUGCCGUCUGUUUGUGUUCGUGUGCCCCAUAGUCCCAGUUAUGAGAGUGGCGGCGGCACUAUCGGCACGACCCACUUGCAACCGUAUCCGCAUCCGCAUCCGUAUCCGCAAACGUAUCCGCAUCCGCAAAUGCAAACUCCAGACAGUGGAGAGUUUGCAUCACUAUUUGUGCCCAGCGAUAAUCCGACGGCUGUGAUAAUAUCGGACUCGAGGCAGAAUCUCAAGGACACGACGGUGACCCAGACGGCGGCCACAACAACCACAAUAACCACGACGACGCUGCCACCACCGCCCAUGACGAUGGGCGGAUCUUUGGGCAUGCCCAUGCCCGGUGUUUCUGGUGGUGGUGGUGGCCACGGAGUGGGCAGCGGCCACAGUCUGGGCACCUCGCUGAGCUUACCGCCAGCCUCGCUCUCCACGGGCAACCAUCUGGAUGUGCCCUUCGGCAACAAUCCCAAUCUGCUCAGUCCGGAUGUGCUCAACCAGCGAAGGGGAAGCAGACGUCCCUCGAUCCUGCCCGUGCCCGAUAUGUUCACCUCCUCAUCGUUCAGCAUUGCCGGCAACGACGAUGGCGAGGAGGGAGACGAGAGCGACGACGAGAUUGACGAUGAGAUGCCCUGGCGGUCGCCCUCUGAGAAGAUAGCCUGCUUGGGCGGGCACUUUCCCCAAUCGCGCACCUAUUCGCUCAUCAUGAGCUCCUCGGAGGAUUCGUAUCAGCGCAGUUGCAGCUUAUGCAAUGCCACCGCCACAACCACCGCUACUGCAGCUUCUGCCGUCGCUGCUUCUGCUGCUGCUGCUGCUCAUGUCAUGCCUCAACUGCCGCCAUUGGGUGAUCCGGGGCUCCCUCUCGAAGAGUACUCCACUGCGGAGCUACGCAGACGCGCCAUGAAGAAGAGCUACAGUUGCGAUAGCGAGUGUCGCAAUGGUCUGGGGCCCGGACUGGGUCUGGGACAGGGUGGAGGGACUCUGGCCAUGUUGGCGGCUCGAAGGAGGCAGCUGCAACGGUGCUAUUCCUGCAGUUGCUCCACCACUUCCUCCACUACCACGACUACGACGACAGCAGCAGCAACAGCAGCAGCAGCAGCAGCAGCGGCAGCAGCGGCAGCAGCAGCAGCAGCGGCGGCAGCAGCAUUCACAUCGAGCAGUUCCGUUGAGACGCGUCGCCUGGCGCGUCCGGUGUGGGCCUCCGACUACUCCGGCAUUGUCAAGGGAUUCCCGCCUGUGUCGCCCUUCAUAGGUGUCAGCCCCACGCUCUGCUUCCUGCUCAAGGAGAAGAAGCCGCUCUGUUGUCUGCAGCUGGCCCAGGUAUGCGAGCACUGCAGCUACAGGAACGCCAAGGAGUACCAGUGGCAGAACAAGACGAUCAUUCUGGCCGCCGACUAUGCCUCCAAUGGGAUAUACAACUUCAUCAUUCCGCUGAGAGCUCACUUCCGCUCGAAGACCUCACUCAAUCCCAUCAUUCUGCUGCUGGAGCGACGUCCGGACGUGGCCUUUCUGGACGCUCUCUCCUACUUUCCCCUGGUGUACUGGAUGCUGGGAUCAAUCGACUGCCUCGACGACCUCCUGCGGGCGGGCAUCACGCUGGCAGAGAGCGUGGUCGUGGUCAACAAAGAGCUAUCGAACUCGGCCGAGGAGGAUUCCCUCUCCGACUGCAACACCAUUGUAGCCGUGCAGAACAUGUUCAAAUUCUUUCCCAGCAUCAAGAGCAUCACUGAGUUGUCGCAGAGCUCAAAUAUGCGGUUCAUGCAGUUCCGGGCCCACGACAAGUACGCACUGCACCUCAGCAAAAUGGAAAAGCGCGAAAAGGAGCGUGGAUCGCACAUCUCGUACAUGUUCCGUCUGCCGUUUGCGGCGGGUGCCGUUUUUAGCGCCUCCAUGCUGGACACGCUGCUGUACCAGGCCUUCGUGAAGGAUUAUGUGAUUACGUUUGUGCGCCUCCUGCUGGGGAUUGACCAAGCGCCGGGCAGCGGUUUCCUGACCUCGAUGCGCAUCACCAAGGAGGAUAUGUGGAUACGCACAUACGGCCGGCUUUACCAGAAGCUCUGCUCGACCACAUGCGAGAUACCGAUUGGCAUCUACCGCACCCAGGACACCUCGAAUGCGGACACGUCACAUGUGAGUAACUCGCCGGUCGAUAGAUGGGGACCCUUCUCGGCCUUCGGCAGGCAUUGCGUGCGCUUGCGUCCAUCGUACGACGAGGAAACUGGCACGCCCGACUCCACCAAGGACUCCACGGAAAUGCUGCGCGGGGUCACAUACCGCCCGCCGCCCUCGGCAUCAGGUGGGGCUGCCGGCUUUCGGCCACCGUCGCAGCCGCAGCAGCAGCCACAGCGCCAGAAAUCGGUCAACUGUCUGGGCGGUUGCUCGGAGCGUAAGGGAUCAUCUUACUCCAUCAAUCUGGCAGACGAGGCCAAGGACAAUCAUGCACAGCAGAUCGAGCGCGCGGAGAUCGCCAAUCUGGUGAGGAGUCGCAUGGAGUCUUUGAACCUGCCCACCAAUGACUACGACGAUGUGAGCGAGAAGCGGAACCACUUGUCGUAUGUGAUAAUCAAUCCGAGCUGUGAUCUCAAGCUGGAGGAGGGCGAUCUCAUCUACUUGGUGCGGCCGUCGCCGUUCUCGGCACAAAAGACAUUCGAGCGCCACAAUUCGCGUCGCAAGUCGAACAUAUCGUUUUGCUCGAAUAUCAACCUGGGCGCCACUUGCGGGCCCCAGAUGCAAAACAUGUCCAACACCGCCGUCGGGGCUGGAUCGCGUCGCGGCUCCGGCAUAGCCGGUUUGAACCCAAUGCAAAUGCAGAGCGUUCAGACUUUGGCCGGGUAUGGAUCAACCUCGCAGCGCUACACCCCACCGAUGCAGCAAAUUAAAUCGAAUUCUCUUUCUCUACCCGACAGUCCGACGGUGGUUGGCAAUCAGCGUGGACGGAGUAACUCAUUGCGGAUCGACAACGACAUACUGCUGCGUCGAUCCUCCUCAUUGAGGCAAGGGCUGCCCAGUGUCGGCGUCAGUCAUGGCCGGCGAAAGUCGUCGCUGGAGGAGAUCGGCAUCAGCCACUUCACCACCCUGAUGCAGGCCACGAACCACAGCAACCCCAUCAAGAUCUCGCUGAAUGGCAGCAUUGGCAUGGAGAAUCAGAUUUCCUUGCAGGUCACCCCGCCAGAGGAGCCCACACCCAUGCUGGGCGUGCCCUGCAUGAUGGGCGGCGGCUCCGGCAUAAACCCAUCUGGUACUGGAUCUAGUGGCAUGCUGGGCGCAGGCUCCUCGCUGGCGAUUAACACGGCCGAUCUGGGGCCGGGACCCAGCACCUCAUCGGGGGCCGGCAGCUCCUUGCAGCCACAGGACUCGCUUGGCCCCCAGUCGUCGCAGGUGUCGUCGCCGCAGCAUCUGCAGGGAACGAUCGUAUGAUACAACCUGAUGUGGGGGCGCCGUCUCCGCUCCUCCAUGUCAAAGAACAAAUGGAUAUAGAAUACGGCCGGCACACACAGACACAACCGUAGAGAUAAGUUCUGAACGAAAACAAAAAAAGUAUUAGGAGACCAACCAAACCCACCCCCAACCAAUGUCUGUGGUGUGUGUCCCAGUCCCCUGCCCCUCUCCCUUUCAUUUGGAAAGUAUAAGCUACGGAUAUAUGAUAGAUUACUUACUGUAGAGUAGGAAAAAGUCUGUAAGGAACAUGCAUAUACAUACGAGUAUAUGAAUAAUAAUUAAAUGCUUUAUCAGCUAAAGUUGAGUCACAAACAAAUUGUGUUUUGGGAACAAGAUAAGUAGUUAAACUAUUGGAUGGAUAUGAUGAUGAUGAUUUAGCUAACAGUAUGUACAUAUAUGUAUAUCUGAGCAUAGUUCUAAGUACCCGUCCCGACCCGACCCGACCCGACCACCCUACCCGAUUCGUUUCCACCAUAUCCGAGGAGCAUAGCAAACUAUCAAAAUUCUAAAGCCCCCCUGUACAUACCCUAGGUGUAGACUAACCAAUUCGGAUUCCUCCCACAUACAUACUACAUAUACAUACUAUACCACAUAUAUGUAGAUACUUAUAUGAAGGUGCUAUCAAUGUCAUGUACUAUACACAUCCCAUGUUUUGUAAAACUCUUUGAAUUGUUUUACACAAUUGUUAAAGCCAAGUUAAAGGACACAAACGAAAAGAAAAAGAAAAACAAACUAAAAAGGAAAAAAGGAAAACGGUUUUCAUAACAUAGUUUGGAACGGGCUUUGGUAUACUCUAAUGCUUUACAAAAAACCAACCAAAAAAUAUAUAAAAAAUAUACAUAUAGAAAGAAGCAAAGGAAUUUGUAUAUAUACACUAGAGUUAUUAAGAACCAAGCAAAAUUCAAGGCAGCAUUAAAAGAGCAAAACUAAAAACAAACUAUUAGAAUUUAAACGCAAUACAACAGAAGAUAGGAUCUAGAGCUUAGUGCUACCUUUACCCAUAGAGUUAAGCGUAGUUGCCCCAUACAUACCCAUAAACUAUGACGCCGAACCAUUGAGAAUGUCGGCAACUGUACCAAAUUCAAUGAGCUAUACGCACACACACACACAAACAACACACACACAACUACAGCCCUGUAGCAUAGUCUUAGGAAACGCAAACCCAACUGCAAAUGCAACUACAACUUGAAUUUUGAAGACAUGUCCCAAGCAUAGCCUCUGUAGCAAUUAGCUAGAUAAUACCAGGUGUACCCACACACACACACACAUCCUUUUACACACUAAAAAAUGUUAGUUAAAGCACAUUAAAAGCAGUUUUUUAAGGAAAUUUUACUCAACAAAUGCCGAUGAUGGUGAGGCAGUUGAAAUGCAUUCCAGUGUCUCAAUAUAAAAAGUCUAGUUAAGCUUACAUAUAGUAUGCCUAAUAUCACAGCAGAUACUUAUUUACAUACACACACAUAGAUCUGUACAAACACAUUCAUAAAUACAUACAUACAUAUGUACUUAGAUGAGAAUGUAUCUGUGUACCAACUAAGUAGCACAUAGAUUAGAUCGAACCGAUGUCUCCAUGUACAAAAGAUAGUUAACUAAUCCGCAUCUGGCAACGGGCAUCUGUCAACUGGCAUCUGGCAUUGGCAUCAUUAGAGCUAUAGUGUGGACUAGAAUAUAAACUUGCUGUAAUAUUUAUCGAUGCUCUUUAAGGCAUGCCGAACAGAACUCACAAUAAACUCAAAAUAUAGUUGGAAAUAAUUCGGAAUAGCGAAUAGAAUUGCAUUCG